GCUGUCCCCAGGCCAUUGUCCCCGGGGCGGGGCUGGGCUGAGCCACGCCGCCCCGAAGUGCUGAGCUGUGAAGAGCGCAGGGUGCUGAUGCAGAGGACUGUCCCCCAAAGCGUGGAGGAGGCCGCCGGGGGCCCCGCGGUGGCCAUGGACGGCUACCCCAGCCCUGUGCCUGCCUUCCUUACCAAACUGUGGACGCUGGUGGGGGACCCCGAGACGAACCAUCUCAUCUGCUGGAGCCCCUGUCUCUCUCUAUGUAUGUCUAUGUUUUGGGGUGUUUUGCAGAAUGGAACCAGCUUCCAUGUACGUGAUCAAGGCCGCUUUGCCAAGGAAGUUCUGCCCAAAUACUUUAAACACAACAACAUGGCCAGUUUUGUGAGGCAGCUCAACAUGUAUGGUUUCAGGAAGGUGGUGAGCAUUGAGCAGGGAGGCUUGGUGAAGCCAGACCGGGACGACACGGAGUUCCAACACCUGUGUUUCCUCCGAGGGCACGAACACUUGCUGGAACACAUUAAGAGGAAGGUCUCGGUGCUGAGGAGUGAGGAGAGCCGGCUGCGUCAGGAGGACCUGAGCCGGCUGCUGUGCGAGGUUCAGCUGCUUCGAGGACAGCAGGAUAGUGCUGAAGGCCAGCUCCAAGACCUCAGGCAGCAAAAUGAAGUCCUGUGGCGUGAGGUAGUGAGCCUCCGGCAGCAACACCAUCAACAACACAGAGUUAUCAACAAGCUGAUCCAGUGUCUCUUUGGCCCACUCCAGGCCGGGCCCAGCAGUGGGGCCACCAAGAGAAAACUGCCCCUGAUGCUGGAUGAAGGGACUGGGACACACCCCGGAGUCAAAGUCAGCAGGCCCCUGGCUAAGCUUCCCUUGCAGGACUCCUACUUUAUCCAGUCACCUUCCACAGAGCCGUCCUCCUGCCAAAACAGCCCCAGAGGACUGAAGGGACCCAUCAUCUCUGACGUCUCCGAAGCGUCCCCUUCCCCCGAAGGAACCAUGUCACCAUCCUCUGGCACUGGGAGGGAGAAGGGCCUGGUGCUGCUCAAGGAAGAGCCAGCCAGCCCCGGGGGGAAAGGCACAGCUGCUCCAGGUGUUGCCCCAAACGACUACGACUUCUAUGUGACAGCCCCACCCGUGCUUCCUGUGGCUGUGGUGCAGUCCAUCCUGGAAGGCAAGGGGAGCUGUAGCCCCGAGGGGCACAAAAGUGUCCAGCAGCCAGACAGAAGGGUCCCAAGAGGGCCCCCAGACAGGGAGCUUGGGGAACCCCUAGAUGUUGCAGACCUCAGCCUAGAGAGUUUACAGCUGUUGCUUCGGGGCCAGCCUGGCAGCUUAGAGCCCGAGGGAGGGCUGGAGGUGUUCAGCCCCGGCCUCCCAGGGAGCGAGUGGAGCCUGCUAGAUAUGGAUGUGGGGCUGUCUCUGAUGCAGCAACUUCCCAAAGAUAUGGAAAAGAGUGAGACCGAGCUAGUGUCCAAAGGGUUGAAUCCCCCGGGCUCAGGAAAGGAGCCGGCAGCCUCCAGGACGCCCCGAACGUUCCCGAUGGAAGCCCCCUCGAGCUUCGGAGCUCCGGCCCUAGGGGUCCCCGGUGCCUUGGCCCUUUAUGACCCCUCGCAGACCCUGACCCAGAAUGGGACUCGGACCCCCUACCUGAGCCCGGGGGCUAGCCCCGACCCGUGAGGGGAGAUAGCAGAGAGUAGGGCCAAUCAGAGCGGGCCAGAGUGAUUCGGCGUCCCUUCCCAUUCUGGGCCGCUUGGUUCGGAUUCCAGCCCACCCACCCCUCCGUCUUUCCUCCCCCCCGCCAA